CUGAAGUACUGUGACUUGCUUAGCUAACAGUAGUUGUGGACUGUGAAGGCUCGUCAAGUGAUCGGCGGUGAUCGACCUCUCGAUCAUGCGACUUAUCAUCGAGUCACCAAUGCGGCAAUCCGUUCCCAUUCCGUCUUUACUGCAUAUAAACCAUCUGCUAGACUUGAGUAGAGCUGCAGGCCACAAACACGAUGUCUAACACUCAAGACAAGAAGCAUAUCGUCAUUAUCGGGUCCGGGGUCAUUGGACUCACUAUAGCUCAGGUUGUCACAACGCGUUUCCCCGAUAAAUACAGGGUUACUAUCGUCGCUCGCGAUACGCCUGAAGACUUGACCUCACAAGCAUUCUCUAGUCCAUGGGCUGUGAGUGCUAUUUCUCUUAGUAUAGUUUGUAGUUUGCUGACCUUAAAGCUGAAGGGAGCAAAUUGGUCACCGUUCUCUGUGGAGAUGCCAGACCACAAGACUUUUCGGCGGGAACUGGAGACCUUUAACACUUUUUGGGACAUGGAGCAUACGGGCUUGACUUACAACGUACCUUACACCAUCUACUUCCCCGAGGCACAAGGCCUUGAGAAUGUGUGGUUCAAAGCGCUUGUCCGUGACUUCCGGGUCCUCUCGCCCGAGGAACUGCCAUCGGGCUUCACUGGUGGCGUAAAGUUCUCGACCAUCACUGUGAAUCCUAUCAAGUAUCUUCCAUGGCUGAAGAAUGAGCUUCUGAACCGGGGUGUGGUAUUUGUUAAGAGACAGAUACACACGAUCGGGGAAGCAGCCGACAUCGCGGGUCCUGAGGGGAUCAUUUUCAAUGCUACAGGCCUGGGGGCCCGAUCCCUCAUCGGAGUUGAGGAUAAACUCGUUUAUCCGAUCCGAGGACAGACGAUUCUGGUUGAAGCACCUGCAGUGAAGGAGUGCGUUGCACUACCGAUAGGUACUGGUGAGAAUCCUGACGGGAAAGCCACCUACAUUAUUCCUCGUCCAUCCCAAGGGCACGUUAUUAUCGGAGGCACCUACCAGAAGAACAACUGGGACACUUCAGUCAACUUCGAAACAGCCCGCGAAAUAUGGGACCGUGCUGUAGAGUUCCUGCCUGCUUUGAAGAGUGAUAAGUCACGUAUCAUCAGCCAUAACGUUGGCUUGCGACCGGCGCGAGAGGGUGGUCCUCGCAUUGAACUACAGAAAGUGAGAUUGCCGUUCGUCAGCGAUCUCAUGCAUGGGGUAAAGGGAACCAUUUCGGAGGAAAGAGAGCUGCCUAUUAUCCACGCAUAUGGCUUUGGAGGUACGGGAUACCAGGCUUCGUGGGGUUCCGCAGAGGAGGCUGUGAGUCUGCUGGAAUCAAUCUAGGGUUGUAUGCUAGACAAGUUGUUAAAUACGUUAAAUAUGUACGAACGAUGAGGAUAAACGAUGUCCAAGAAGCAAACUCAAACAGACUCGAACUAGCGACGCGUAGUCACGCGGUCACGUGUAAGCGUGUUGUUUAUGCAUAUUUGUCCAUUGUCC